UACACGGACCUAACAAUAUAGAUCUCUGAUCCAAUACAUAGCCAAGUAGUCAGGCUCUCUCUUUAGUUGCAAUAUGGCAAGCUUCAACCGAGUCCAUGGCCCUCAGUCAUCGGUGCUCAUCGUGUUACUGGCCAUGAGCUUGAUCACCUUUGCGAGCUCAGACUAUGCGAGCGACCGGGCCGAGUGUGCCGAUCAGGUGAUCAAGCUGUCGACAUGCCUCACCUACAUGCAAGGCAGUGCAAGAGCUCCCACCCCAGACUGCUGCAGCAGCCUCAAGCAAGUUGUGGACAAGAGCUUCAAGUGUCUCUGCAUUCUUGUCAAAGAUCGCAACGAGCCGGAGCUUGCUAGCUUCAAGGUCAAUGUCACCUUCGCAUUACGUCUCCCUUCCAAGUGUGGGGUUCCAGCAAACGCUUCCGCUUGCCCAAGACUACUGAACUUACCCCCGAAUUCACCUGAUGCUAAGAUAUUUGAGGAGUAUGGAAAUAUGACUUCAAGUGACGCUGGGGCUUCUGACGGAACCGCGUCCAUGAGCACAAGGGCAGGUGGAUGGAGAACGGAGGCGGGUGCUGGGCUGUGGAGUUUGUCUUUGCUUCUUCUUGUGCUCCUAUCGGUUCUUGGAUGCUAGAGAACGUUUUGUCUGCCAAAUCUGCAUUCCAUGCAUAUUCCGUGCAACCAUUCAACUACCAAUAAAACUAUUUUAUUUGCCUUGUAAAUGGACUACUUAUGUGUAAUAAGCGAGUUUUAUCAUAGCGACUGCAAUACAUGGCCUUCCCACCGAUAAAUUACUAACAUCAUUAUUAUUUUGAAUUGUGGGAAUACCACCUUUUAUGUUUUGAAUGGAAAAGGAGGAAGCCGAGAGCUUCCCUGUUUUAUUGA